UUCGUUUUCAGUCGGUGUCUCGGUACUUGUAAAGGGCGCCUGGAAGAGGAAAGCGUAGCAGCUUUUAUGGUAAUUUAUUUCCAUAUCUGAUAUGUCCAUGAAGGUAUAAAACGGACCAGCGUACCGCACAUGCAUGAAAAACGCUCUUGAUCUCUAUACGUGCGAAGAGAAAAACUGGCACAAAUGACCACUUCAACUCUCUUCAACUCUUUCGAGGACGAGCGUUCUUUCCGCGAACUUUCCUUCAGAUGGUCGAUCGCGUGGGACAAAAAGGAUCUACCGACUUUCCUCACAAUAACAGCACCGGAGAUAGUUGCAGACUACUCCGAUUUUCCUGCUGUGGGGACAGUUCGAAAGUGCCCUCCCAAGCAAUUCUUCGAGAGCGCUUUCAGGACAGAAGGCUUAGGGCAUCCAGACCUCAAAACCCAGCACCUCCUUGGUGGUAGCAUGUUCACUCGCACGAGCACCUCAGAAGCCAAAGGAAUCUGGCAAGUUCGCGCAUGGCACGUGAGAGAGUUUUCCGAUGGACAUGUUGGCGAGUGGGAUAACAGCUCGUUUCUGGAGUUCACGUACGUCAAGAUAGAGAGUGGGGAGUGGAAGGUUAAAGGAUGGAGACCGCAUGGAGGGCUCGCCAUGAUCGGCAAUCACGACGAUGUAUUCGGGAAGUAGGUUGAAAUUUAUGGGAAGGGGAAGUAUGAUGACAGGAUGUGAUGUUAAAAGAUGGUGUACAUACAUACUCAACCUGAACCAGAGCGGUGAACAGCCUUGC